UUGCAGCCGGCUUCGUCCAGGAGUUCCUCUGUCCCCACUGAGCCUGUGAGUAGCCCCCUAGGAGAGGAGCCAGCACCAUGUGGAGUCUCGGGACCCUGUUUCUGACUGCCUGCCUGGCAGUGAGUGCCAACCCUGUGCCCACACUGCUGGACAACAUCCAAGUACAAGAGAACUUCGACAUAUCUAGGUUCUACGGGAAAUGGUUCCACGUGGCCAUGGGCUCCACCUGCCCCCACCUGAGGAGGUACAAGGACAGGAUGAGCAUGAGCACGCUGAUGCUGGCAGAGGGAGCGACGGAGGGGCAGAUCAGCACGACCAGCACUCGAUGGCGGAGAGGCGUCUGUGAGGAGUUCUCUGGGACCUACGAGACAACGGACACUGCUGGGAAGUUCCUCUAUCACAGAACUAAAUGGCCCAUCACCAUCGAAUCCUAUGUGGUCCACACCAACUAUGAUGAGUAUGCCAUCAUUCUGAGCAAGAAAAACAGCCGCCACCAUGGACCCACAAUUACCGCCAAGCUCUACGGGCGGGAGCCCCAGCUCCGGGAGAGCCUGCUGCAAGAGUUCAGGGAGGUCGCCCUGGGUGUGGGCAUCCCCGAGGACUCUAUCUUCACCCUGGCCGACAGAGGGGAGUGUGUCCCUGGGGAGCAGCAACCGGAUCCCACUUCAGCCCCAUUCCCCAUGGGGGUUGGCACUGGCACCUUCAACGGCCUCAACGAGCCUGCAGAAGGACAAAGAGCCCGGCGGGCUGUGCUGCCCCAGGAACAGGAAGGCUCGGGGGCUGGGCAACUGGUCACUGGUUUGAUGAAGAAAGAAGAUGCCUGCCAGCUGGGCUACGCCGAAGGUCCUUGCCUCGGGAUGGUCAGCAGGUUUUUCUAUAACGGCUCGUCUAUGGCCUGUGAGCCUUUCCAAUAUGGCGGCUGCCUGGGCAACAGCAACAACUUCGUCUCUGAGAAGGAGUGUCUGCAGACCUGCAGGACUGUGGCGGCCUGCAACCUCCCCAUAGUCCCCGGCCCCUGCCGAGCCUUCAUCCAGCUCUGGGCGUUCGAUGCUGUCCAGGGGAGGUGCGUCCAGUUUCAGUACGGGGGCUGCCAAGGCAACGGCAACAAGUUCUACUCAGAGAAGGAGUGCAAGGAGUACUGCGGCGUCCCUGGCGACGGAGACGAGGAGCUGCUGCGCUUCACCAACUGACCGGUCCGAGGCCAGCGGUCCGAAGCCAGAGGAUGGCAGGGAGACUGCAGGCCAGAGCCUGGCCCGGGGGCCCCCAUCAGGCAGGCCGUGCUGAGGGACCUGGGUUCAAAUAAAAGCCAAAUCAUGGACUCCUGAA